GGCUCCGCGCCGCGCAGCGCAGCGCCGCGCCGGCAGGUACGGCGGGCAGCGAGCCCUCCGCCCCGGCAGGAACGGCGGGCGGACCGCGGGCAGCCAGCCCUCCGCCCCGGCAGGAUCGGCGGGCAGCGAGCCCUCCGCCCCGGCAGGCACGGCGGGCGGACCGCGGGCAGCGAGCCCUCCGCCCCGGCAGGAACGGCGGCCGUGCUGCGGGUUACCAAAGGGUGUAUUUAUCUCCCAGAGGGCUGCCUAAGUGUCCCUUAAUCAUUAAAGCAUCCGAUUUCCUCCAAGUUAUCUGCCAUGAGGCUUAUCAGGAUCUAGUGCCCAGCAGGGAGGGACACACAGCAUUGUGGCCAUGGCCCCGAGGAAGAGGAGCGGCCGGGGGAUCUCCUUCAUCUUCUGCUGCUUCCGCAGCAGCGAGCACCCCGAGAUCACGUACCGGCUGCGCAAUGACAGCAGCUUCGCCCUGCAGACCAUGGAGCCCUCGCUGCCCAUGCCGCCCGUGGAGGAGCUGGAUGCCAUGUUCACCGAGCUGGUGGAUGAGCUUGACCUCACAGACAAGCACAGGGAGGCCAUGUUUGCGCUGCCGGCGGAGAAGAAGUGGCAGAUCUACUGCAGCAAGAAGAAAGACCAGGAAGAAAAUAAAGGAGCCACCAGCUGGCCAGAGUUCUACAUUGAUCAGCUGAAUUCCAUGGCUGCUAGAAAAUCCCUGAUCGCCUUGGAAAAAGAAGAUGAGGAGGAGAGAAAUAAAACAAUCGAAAGUUUGAAGACUGCACUGCGGACAAAACCAAUGAGGUUUGUGACCCGCUUCAUCGACCUGGAUGGCUUGUCAUGUAUCCUCAACUUUCUCAAAAGCAUGGACUAUGAGACGGCCGAGUCUCGAAUACAUACCUCGCUCAUUGGAUGUAUAAAAGCACUAAUGAACAACUCCCUGGGCAGGGCCCACGUCCUGGCCCACCUGGAGAGCAUCAAUGUCAUUGCUCAGAGUCUGAGCACAGAGAAUAUUAAGACAAAAGUGGCAGUGCUGGAAAUCAUGGGCGCCGUGUGCCUGGUUCCCGGGGGCCACAAGAAGGUACUGGAGGCCAUGCUGCACUACCAGAAAUAUGCCAGUGAAAGGACUCGUUUUCAGACGCUGAUCAACGACCUGGACAAGAGCACGGGCCGGUACCGAGAUGAAGUGAGCCUCAAGACAGCCAUCAUGUCCUUCAUCAACGCUGUCCUGAGCCAGGGGGCAGGCGUGGAAAGCCUGGAUUUCAGACUCCAUCUGAGAUAUGAAUUCCUCAUGCUGGGCAUCCAGCCAGUCAUUGACAAACUAAGGCAGCAUGAAAAUUCAACCCUUGACCGGCACUUAGAUUUCUUUGAAAUGCUUAGAAAUGAAGAUGAACUGGAGUUUGCCAAAAGAUUUGAGCUGGUCCACAUUGACACCAAAAGUGCAACUCAGAUGUUCGAGCUGACGAGGAAGAGGCUGACGCACAGCGAGGCGUACCCGCACUUUAUGUCCAUCCUGCACCACUGUCUCCAGAUGCCUUAUAAAAGAAGUGGCAACACCGUCCAGUACUGGCUGCUGCUGGACAGGAUCGUGCAGCAGAUUGUCAUCCAGAGUGACAAAGGGCAGGACCCUGAUGCCACUCCCCUGGAAAACUUCAACAUUAAAAAUGUUGUACGAAUGUUAGUCAAUGAAAAUGAAGUGAAACAGUGGAAAGAACAAGCAGAAAAAAUGAGAAAAGAGCACACAGAGCUGCAGCAGAAGCUGGAGAAGAAGGAGAGGGAGUGUGAUGCCAAGGCCCAGGAGAAGGAGGAGAUGAUGCAGACGCUGAACAAGAUGAAGGAGAAGCUGGAGAAGGAGUCCAGCGAGCACAAGCAGGUCAAGCAGCAGGUGGCAGAUCUGACAGCACAGCUCCACGAGAUGAGCAGGAGGGCAAUCUGUGCUGCCAGUCCUGGAGGACCUCCCAUGGCACCAGGAGCACCUGGGGGCCCUUCACCUUCUCCAACUCCCGGCUCCCUCCUUCCCCCUCCACCACCCCCCACCCCAGGGGGGUGUCCCCCUCCUCCUCCCCCACCACCUCCUCCAGGUGGUCCCCCACCUCCCCCUGGCCCCCCACCCCUGGGGGGGCUGAUGCCUCCCCUUGGGGCACCCCUGGGCAUGGCCUUCAAGAAGAAGAGCAUCCCUCAGCCAACCAACGCCCUCAAGUCCUUCAACUGGUCCAAGCUUCCAGAGAACAAGCUGGCAGGCACCGUGUGGACCAACAUAGAUGACACAAAAGUGUUCAAAAUCCUGGACCUCGAGGACCUGGAGAGGACAUUCUCAGCCUACCAAAGACAGCAGGACUUCUUUGUGAAUGGUAGCUCCAGACAGAAGGAAGAUGCCAUCGAUGACACGUUGAGUUCCCGGCACAAAGUCAAGGAGCUUUCUGUCAUAGAUGGCAGGAGAGCUCAGAACUGCAACAUCCUCCUCUCCAGGCUGAAACUCUCCAAUGACGAGAUCAAACGAGCAAUUUUGACGAUGGACGAGCAGGAGGACCUCCCAAAAGACAUGCUGGAACAGCUCCUGAAGUUUGUUCCUGAAAAGGGAGACAUUGACCUGCUGGAGGAGCACAAGCACGAGCUGGACCGCAUGGCCAAGGCUGACCGGUUCCUCUUCGAAAUGAGCAGGAUAAACCAUUAUCAGCAAAGGCUGCAGUCCCUCUACUUCAAGAAGAAGUUUGCAGAGAGAGUUGCAGAGGUCAAACCCAAAGUGGAAGCCAUCCGUGCUGGCUCCAAGGCAGUGCUGCAGAGCAGCAGCCUCCAGCAGCUCCUGGAGGUGGUCCUGGCCUUUGGGAACUACAUGAACAAGGGCCAGAGGGGCAAUGCCUUUGGGUUUAAGAUCUCCAGCCUCAACAAGAUUGCAGACACCAAGUCCAGCAUUGACAAGAACAUCACCCUGCUGCACUAUCUCAUCACUGUCGUGGAAAAGAAAUAUCCCAAAGUGCUCCGCCUGCACGAGGAGCUGCGAGACAUCCCACAGGCAGCCAAAGUCAACAUGACUGAGCUGGAGAAAGAAAUAAACACUCUGAGAAGUGGCCUGAGAGCAGUGGAGACUGAGUUGGACUUCCAGAAGUCUCAGGUUCAGCAGGCAGGUGACAAGUUUGUGUCUGUGGUCAGCCAGUUCAUCACACUGGCCAGCUUCAGCUUCUCGGACGUCGAAGAUCUCCUGACGGAAGCAAAAGAGCUGUUUUCCAAGGCUGUGAAGCACUUUGGAGAAGACACAGACAAAAUGCAGCCUGACGAAUUCUUUGGCAUCUUUGACCAGUUCCUUCAAGCUGUGACCGAGGCCAAGCAGGAGAACGAGAACAUGAGGAAGAGGAAGGAGGAGGAGGAGCGCCGGGCACGCAUGGAGGCACAGCUGAAGGAGCAGCGGGAGCGGGAGCGCAAGGCCAGGAAGGCCAAGGAGAGCGGGGAGGAGAGUGGUGAGUUCGAUGAUCUGGUGUCAGCCCUGCGCUCAGGAGAAGUCUUCGACAAGGACCUCACCAAGCUGAAGCGCAACCGCAAGCGCAUCACCAACCAGCUGGCCGAGAGCGGCCGCGAGAGGCCCGUCACCAAGCUCAACUUCUGA